AUUGGCAGAUUUGUCGGCCGGUGCAGGAGGAAGUGGCAGCCGACAACAGGGCGCGGGUUGCAGGAGGUGGCGGCUAGGGGCGAGGGCAGGGUGACUUGAGCCCAGGGAAAGGCGGCGAACGGAGGACACUCUGAGCCCGGAGGCCCACAGCCAGCGCUGCCGCCCGGAGCCGCGUGCGCGCGCGGCCGCAUCAGCUGAGCGCGCGGCACGUAUCACGUGGUGCGCGUGUCGAAGGUCACAGCGCGCUCACAAUGGAGCUCUCGGAGUAUGUGCAGAAAGGCUUCCAGAUGCUGGCUGAUCCCGGCUCUUUUGACUCCAACGCCUUCACGCUUCUCCUCCGGGCGGCUUUCCAGAGCCUACUGGACGCCCAGGCGGACGAGGCCGUGUUAGAUCACCCAGACUUGAAACAUAUUGACCCAGUGGUUUUAAAACACUGCCAUGCAGCAGUUGCAACUUACAUACUGGAAGCAGGAAAGCAAAGAGCUGACGAAUCGACUCUAAGCACUUAUCUAGAAGACAGUAAAUUUGAUAGAGAGCGAACAGAACUGUUUUGCACGGAAUAUCAGAAUAAUAAAGAUUCCCUAGAAAUCCUAUUGGGAAGUAUAGGCAGAUCUCUCCCUCAUAUAACUGAUGUUUCUUGGCGUUUGGAGUAUCAGAUAAAGAACACUGAUCCCCGAUCCCAUCCAGAAAUUAGUUUUAGUUGCAACAUGGAACAAUUACAGGACUUAGUGGGGAAACUGAAAGAUGCUUCGAAAAGCCUGGAAAGAGCAACUCAGUUGUAACUUGGGGAACUUAGCGAUCCGCCCGGGUCUAGAAGACCAGGAGCUCCUUGCCGUCGGCAGAACCUCAGAACCAUCGUUUGUGCGAACUGGAUAUACUCCUUUUAAAAAGAAAGUUCUUUUUGGAUUUAUGCCGUUCAUAAACUUUGACGCAUUUUUUACACUUGUUUAAGAGUUAAGAAGGAAAUUCUGCCUAUUUGAAUCUUUAUUAAUUGUACAUUGGUAAAUUUUGAUCAUUUUUCAAGUCUUACAAAAGGCAGUAUUUACAUUCUGAAUAAAUAAGUUCCCACCAAAGCUA